UUGUGCCCUCUUUAAAUUUGGACAAGUUGGAAGUGACCACGGCCCAGAUGUGUAAACGAAAGGGAAGCGUGUCAACAUUCAUCAGUCACUGAUGUAAGGAAAGUGGGUAAAGAGCGGGGAGGGGUUUCUUCAAGAAAUGUGUGUAAUUGUGGCCGGAGAUCGUGAAUUAAACUCGGGAGAGAAAACAAUGGACAAGCGGUCCCGGGGACUGCGGUCCUAUGAAUCUUCACUUGGAGAAGACAGGUCACUGUCUGAAUAGCCCAUUGUUAAAAGGUGUUUUCCGGGGGAAGGCAGGAAGAGUUAAUUAGCAAGGAACUAAAAAUUGAAAGAAUUUAAGAGAUGGAGAGUGGAACACUUCUCACUCUUCUCCAAUCAACAAGGACACUUCUCAUUUUCACAUUAAUUUUUUCACAAAAAUAAAAAAAACAGCAGAAAUAGCACUGGAAACAAAAGAGAAGAUUGCCAAGGAAUAAGGAAGCUGGAAGCUGUUCGAAGAAGAUCAGAACACGAUGGCAGUUCCAAGGUCUGUGGGCUCCUUUAUCAACUUUACCAUUGGGAUUGUGAUAGGAGUUUUCAUCUGUUCUUAUUUUGUUAACAAGGCCACAUUUCACAUUCAACGUAACAUGCAGACGAAUCAAAACCGCCACAACUUCGAUCAUUACAGUCCCCUUGUGAAAGGAAUGAUAAAUUGUAGUUCAAGAAGGGAUCACUCUUUAGCGGAUGAGUUGUACAAGAAAGUGCGCAUCCUUUGCUGGGUGAUGACUGCGCCCAAGAACUUGGAUACCAAAGCCAAACAUGUCAAAGCCACCUGGGGCAAGCGCUGUAACAUUUUGCUGUUCAUGAGCUCAGAAAGCAAUCCGGAUUUCCCCACCAUUGGCCUGGAAACAAAAGAGGGCAGAAAGCAGCUAUACUGGAAAACCAUUAAAGCCUUCCAUUAUGUGCACAAACACCACAUCAACGAGGCUGACUGGUUUCUGAAGGCCGAUGAUGACACCUAUGUUGUCACCGACAAUCUCAGGUUGCUGCUUUCAAAGUACAACCCCGACGAGCCUGUGUACAUGGGCAGACGUUUUAAAAUGUUCCUCAAACAGGGUUACAUGAGCGGAGGAGCUGGCUAUGUUUUGAGCAAAGAAGCUCUGAAAAGGUAUGUGGCAGCCUUCAGAGAUAAGACCUGCAAUCAUACUUCCCAUGUUGAGGAUCGGGCACUUGGCAGAUGCAUGGAAAUACUUGGGAUUACACCUGGAGAUUCCAGAGAUGAUCACUUAAGAGAGACGUUUUUACCUCUUUCACUGCUGAGUCAUUUGAUAAAACGGCAUCCAGACAGCAGCUUUUGGUACUGGAAAUUCACCUACUACAAAGCUACACAUGGUCCUGAAUGCUGCUCUGACUUGGCAAUUUCCUUUCACUAUGUAACCCCUGCGUUGAUGCACAUUCUGGAGUAUCACAUUUACCACCUUCAUGCUGUGGGAUACAAAUACAGAAAACGUACAGAUUUUCCAAGCCCAACUAAAACAUGAGAACUGGCCAAGGAAGGGAAGGACAAUGGAAAGAGGUAAAAUUGGUACAAACCACACAGGAAUCAAACUUCAGUUUUAUUUUCAACUUUAUUGAAGAUGUCUAGCAAUGCCCAGAGUCUUACAUACCAUACACACUGAAUUUAUAAUAAUAACAACUUGCAUUUAUAAAGCACCUUUAAUGUGGAAAAACAUUCCAAGGCACUUCACAGUCAUGUUAUCACAGAAACUUUGACACUGAACUGCAGAAGACAAUAUUGGGGCAGAUGGCCAAAAUUUGGACAAAGUGGUAUGUUUUAAGGAGUGGCUCAAAGAAGGACAGUGAGAUCUAGGGAAGGAAUUCUAGAAUAUGGGGCCCAAGUAUCUGAAGACACGGCCACCAAUGGUGGUGCGAUUAAAAUCGGGGAUGCACAGGAGGCAGACGAAUUCCCUUUUCUAUUGUCACAAUGAAUCAUUACGAUGGUUGAUUUUCAAUUGGUACAACUGUAAACAAGAUGCCUCACUAGGUAUUGCUCAGAAAGUGUAUCAAAGUACAAAAUCAAAACACCGCCCCUGUUGAGGGUGUGUUCCCUGUGGAACAGAGUCAAGAUCUGCUUAGUGCUGGAAAUUACAAUCCCAUUGUUGGCAACCACCUGCUCACCCAAAUACGAAGUUUCUAGGAGCUCCACCAGUGAAGAAAUUGAGACAAGUUCAUAAUUUGACAUGGAACGGUGUGUGUCACAGAGGUAACAAAAUGUGACAUAUUAUUUCACUUGCUGUAUACAAAUAAAAAUAUUCUUUGUGAUAAUGUUGUUCUUUAUUUUUGGUAUCUCAGACUGCCUUUCGGAAGUUAGGA